GAGGAACAGCCUCUGGCAGCUUGCUCUGUCUGUUUUGUAGUUUGUGGUUGUCUUGACAGAGAGGAUCUUAAAGGAUAAAGUAGAAGCUCGUGUAGUUUAUGGUGGAGGCUGCACCUUCUGCUCGUGGAUAUGACAAGUUAUCAGGACAGUGAUAAGAAACUGUAUUUUAUUUGCAUUUCCUUUGUCAAAGGAUACAUGACUGGACUGUUAAAAAGGAUAGCUAUACCUUGAUGGGAGUGGACCUGGGCUGCAAAUGGGAGGAAGUCUGCAGAUUUCACACAUGAUGGACAGCAAUGACUUCCAUGCUCUGCUCUCUGGGGAGCACCUCAUCUAUGCCAUCACCAUCCCGCUGUCAACCUCCAUCAUCCUGGCCAACCUCGUCAUCAUCGUAGGCAUCGCCUGGAACCGCCAGCUCCACAACACGCCCAACUACUUCUUCCUCAGCCUGUUAGUGGCAGAUUUGUGCACAGGUGUGGUGCUGCCUUUCAUCCCUUUAAUGGGCCUGAACCGGGAGUUGAGUUUUAGCUCCUGCCUGGUGGCUCACAUUUUCCCAAACUUCCUCUUCCUGGCAUUCCUUUUCAACCUGGUGAUGGUCCACUAUGAGCGCUACAUUUGCAUCGUCGACCCUCUGCAUUACAAUAACUUGUGGAUGCAUCGAAGUUUUCCUCUAGCGUUGCUUGUGGUGUGGGCACCACCGCUCCUGUACGCAUCUCUGCCUGCUUUUGGGUGGAAUAACUGGACAGGGCCAGAUUGGAACGGCUGUUGUGCAAGUAGCCAAAAGAUAACGGCACUUUCAAACUGUUCAACAAACGGAACCACCUGCUGCUCGUACAGGCGAGUAUUCCCCAAUACAUUUAUCUACUUGGAGGUGUAUGGACUCGUCUUACCUGCUAUUCUUACCAUUGCCGCCAUGACUGGCCAUGUUUUAUGGAUCACCCGAGGCCAGCUGAAGGACAUUUGUCGUCUCCAUCGUUCAGUGGAGCGGGGAAGUCAGGCCUCAGACCAAGAACAGAGGCUGAACCUGCGGUACACUCGCUGCGUGGUGGCGGUGUCGCUGACGUUUCUCGCAUGCUGGGUUCCCUACCUCAUUUAUAUGCACGUCUGCAUAGCAUUCUUGAUCAGCGACACCAAGUGGAGCUCCACCACUCACAUCGUGUUGUCGUGCACUGGUAUUGGAAGCAUGGCUGUGGUGCCGCUGGUGCUCGGCCUAGCUAACAGGCAGUAUACAGAACCUGCAUACAAACUUCUCCAGAAACUCCGAGACAGAUGGAGGCGAAGGACGCAGGGAUCAGAGGAGGUGGCAGUCUGAUAAAAUACUGAUGUAUAUUAAUAUUUAUGAAGAUAAUUCUGGAAGAAAUGAUGUUGCUAGGAUUGAUGAACUGCAUGCCCACAAUAUAUUAAUCAAGGCCACCAGGAGGAAAUAUUGCAUUACAACAGAAAAACACAUAUGCAUUGAUUCUUUCACAAUUUAUUUAUCAGUGUUCCAAAAUAAGGCCACCUAUUGUUUUACCACCACUACACUGGGUUUGGAAAUAUAAGUUCUGUCUGUAAGGUUUACCAUUACAUUUUCAUAAUUUAGCUGACAAUAUUACUGUAUAGGGAGACACAAUUCAAAAGAUGAAGACUAAGUAAGUAAGUGCUGCUUUCAGGACAAAUUUAAAACCAACCAUUGUCUCCAACAAGUCUAAAGCCCCAUUUGGACAAGAUUAAUAUUACAAGGGGAGGUGGGGAAUAAAUUAUUCACUGUGCUCCUCUGUUAUUUUACUUGUUCUGGAUGGCAUUUUAACCGUUGUGAAAUUACAGGAUGUGGUCUGUAAUAGAUAUGGAUAUUUUGUAGGACUAGCCAAAAGAGAAUACCAGUACCAACCUGUAGCUGGGUUGGGGCCGUGAAAAAAUUACCCACAUAUGCACUCUGGACAGGAUUAAAAUUACUGACCACUCCCACUUCCCUCAUUAGUGUUUAUCUAUAUACUGGUAUGCAAGCUAAAGAGGGGCGAGGGAUGCAUCCACAGUCCGUAAUACAUCUACAAGACAUGAAGAGAUUAAGGCUUCAGCAAGAACACGCAGGAAAGAGACAUGAAGUGAAAAAGCAAGUUUGCAUGUUAAAGUUGGAAAUUUGUUUCCAGUUUCUGCCAUAUUUAGAAAGUUAAUACAGUUAAAUACAGUAAAAGCAGGCUUAUGUUUCAGAGAAACAUCUGCUGCUUAUAAACACUUGUAUAUGAAGACUAAAAGUUUUAUUUACUGUAAAGAUCCCUUCAAGGGAAAUGAGAUUUUUAUUUGAGACUUGAUUAAACACAGAAUAUGUUAUGCUA